GAUAUAUACAGUAAAUGACUUUGUGAAUUAGGGAAUCAUGGCGAGGAAUACACAAAAAUGGAAAUCUCUGGACAGAAUCGAACCCUGAAAUGCCACACUCUGGAAAGUGAUUUUUUUUUUUCUUUCUUGUCUAGCCUAACCUAUUGAAGAAGGGAAUUACCUGCUUGUUUAAAACACAGACAUGAAUUACGCACGAUUCCUCACAGCAGUAAGCGCCGCAAGAAAUCCAUCUCCGAUAAGACUUUUAACCGAACUGAUGCAAAAAUCGCCACCAUCCCUCAUCUCCCUGGCCGGAGGGGCCCCCAACCCUAACACGUUUCCAUUUAAGACCGCCGCCGUCGCCUUAGAAGACGGAAACGCCAUUGAGUUUGGGGAAGACGUGAUGAAGAGAGCCCUCCAGUACUCGGCCUCAUCAGGGGUUCCGGAGCUGUUGUCCUGGCUAAAAAAGUUCCAGACGAAUCUCCAUCAUCCACCCACCGCUCAGUACGGUCCAGACGAAGGACAAAUGGAGAUAUGCGUCACCACAGGCAGCCAGGAAGGACUUUCCAAAGUGUUCGAGAUGCUCGUUAAUCCCGGGGAUAACGUCCUCCUCGAUGCUCCUGCGUACCCUGGAACGCUUGCAGCUCUGAGACCGUUGGGCUGUAACAUCAUCAACGUUCCCAGUGACCACCAUGGAAUCAUCCCAGAUGCCCUUAGAGCGACGCUUUCCAAGUGGAGACCCGAAGACGCACGGAAAUCCAACGGCAAGAACCCCAAGUUUCUUUACACCGUCCCAAAUGGCGGCAACCCAACCGGAACCUCGUUAACGGUGGAACGGAAAAGGGAAAUAUAUGAGCUGGCAAGAAAAUAUGAUUUCCUGAUAAUAGAAGAUGACCCGUACUAUUUUCUCCAGUUCAGCAAGCCGUGGGCACCCACGUUCCUGUCUAUGGACGUCGACGGCCGGGUCAUCAGAACCGACUCUUUCUCUAAAAUUCUUUCCUCUGGGUUGCGAAUAGGCUUUAUAACAGGUCCAAAGCCCCUAAUUGACAGAGUUGUCCUCCACAUCCAAGUCUCAACAAUGCACACCAGCACUUUCACCCAGCUUUUAAUAGCACAGCUUCUGCAGCAGUGGGGAGAAGAGGGCUUCCUGGAACACGUAGACAGGGUGAUAGCAUUUUAUAGGAAGCAGCGGGAUGCCAUGCUGGCUUCUGCAGACAAGUGGCUUCAAGGUUUGGCAGAGUGGCAUUCUCCUGCAGCCGGGAUGUUCUUGUGGAUUAAAAUUAAAGACGUGCCUGACACACAACAGCUCAUCAUGGAAAAGGCACUGAAAAAAGAGGUGCUACUAGUUCCCGGGAGUGCUUUCAACAUCGAUAGUUCAGAUCCCAGUUCUUACGUCCGCGCUUCCUUCUCUCUGUCUUCUCCAGAGCAGAUGGACUUGGCUUUUCAGAGGCUCGCUGAACUUAUUAAAGAAGCUGCGUGAAGAAACGAAAAGAAAACAUCAGUAAAAUUUAUGCCUUUUUGGAGCUAUCAGCUUCUAUGUCUUAUAAGGGAGGAGUCAGACUUCACAGCAAUAUGGUGUUUAAUCAUGGAUGUUACUCACCAAAAGGCCAAAUCUUCAAUUAACAUUGCAACUUUUCAGUCUUUGUACUUUAAAGAACUGAACUUUUCCUUUCAGAAGCACCCAAAACCGCAGUUCUAUUUUCGUCAAUCUUAAAGCUACCUCAAAAUUUGUUAGCGUUUUCAUUUCAGGCUGAAGUAACGGUAGUACAAAGUCCCUGUUUUUUAGAAAAAAAAAAAAGACCUUCAGCAUUUUCCCUCCUGACCCACCAAAAGUCUGCUAUUCUGACUUUAUUUUGCUUUGAAAAUCGAGAUUUCCUCAGGCUACACGCCCAUGUCAUUGGCAUUUAUCACUUCUAAAUCUAGAAAAUAUAGACAAAGGGUGUGCCUAUGUGCUAUUAAAUUCCUGGCAGUGUAAUGGUGCACCGUACUCUUAACCCUGCCAGACCCUGAAAUCAAUCAGUCAAUCAGUCGUAUUUAUUGAGCGCUUACUGUGUGCAGAGCACUGUACUAAGCGCUUGGGAAGUACAGGUCCCAAGGUCAUACAUUCUGAAAGGACGUACAUUCUUUCAGUCCUUCAUUCAGUCGUAUUUAUUGAGUACUUUCUGUGUGCAAAGCCAUAUCCUAAGCACGGGGAGAGUACAAUAUAGCAACAGGCACAUUCCUGCCCACAACGAGCCCAGUCUAGAGCUUCGACGAUAGAUAUUCCGCCUAAAUGAUAGGCACUGGACUCCCCUAAACUAUCAGCUCCUGGUGGGAAGGGAAUGCGUCUGCUGUAAGGUACCCUCCUAAGCGCUUAGCACAGUGCUCUGCACGUGGUAAGCGCUCAGUAAAUUGGUUCUAAGAAUGAAUCAACACCCUCUUCCUCCUGUUUUUGCUUAAAUUCCAGCUGCCUUUAUCAAUCAUUUGUCAAUCAAGAGCACUUUUUUUUGACUGGCUGGUCAAAAAGUGGUAUUUAUUGAGCACUUAAUGUGUUCAGCACUGUACUAAGCACUUGGGAGAAUUCAGUAUGGUCCGUGCAAGGUGUUGUGUUAAGGUCUUGGGAAAAUUCAGCAGUUAGCAGACAUGACCCCUGUCGUCAAAGAGCUUACGAGAUGGUGGGAGAGCCAGACGCUGCGGUAAAUUUCAGGAGGUGACAACAGAUUCAGUCAUCAUCAUCAUCAUCAUCAAUCGUAUUUAUUGAGCGCUUACUGUGUGCAGAGCACUGGACUAUCUGUACCUAAGGGCUCUGCGGUGGGUUGGGCCCAAGCACUUCAAAAAGUAGUGAUGUGUCUCACUGCCUUUAAACCUAAGCCUGUCAUCUUACCCGCUACUCCAGCGCUUAGAACAGUGCUUUGCACAGAGUAAGCGCUUAACAAAUGCCAUUAUUAUUAUUAUUAUUAUUACUCAUGGUUGAUUAGUCCCCGGUACGUAGAUUGUGCCAGGUUUAAAAGGUAGAUCAAAAAUCAUAGUUCAACUUUAGAUUUCCACCAGUCCAGCAGUGGUAUUUAUUGAGCACUUACGAGUGCUCAGUAAGUG